AGCGGGUUCGAAAUUUCUCUAGUUGCUUGCAGUUCACAGUUAAAUGCAUAGUAAAGUAAAUUAACAAUAAUCGACCCUAAACCAUAAUUAAAUUCGUAAUUACACGUUCUGUGAAUAAGUUGUGUGCUUGAAAGUGAGAAAAUGUUUGAUGUGUUCGGCUCCGUUAAGGGGCUGUUAAAAAUCGAUACAGUCUGCAUCGACAAUAACGUAUUCCGAUUGCAUUACAAAGCUACCGUUAUCCUGCUUAUAGCCUUUUCAUUGUUAGUGACGAGUCGACAAUAUAUAGGAGAUCCUAUCGAUUGUAUCGUAGAUGAAAUUCCUUUAAAUGUUAUGGACACAUACUGCUGGAUUUACUCAACUUUCACGAUCCCGAAUAGGCUAACAGGUCGCGUUGGUCAAGAUCUUGUACAACCCGGAGUGGCAAGCCACGUGGAUGGAAAGGACGAAGUAAAGUACCAUAAGUAUUACCAAUGGGUGUGUUUCACGCUCUUCUUUCAAGCGAUGUUAUUUUAUAUUCCACGUUAUCUGUGGAAAACAUGGGAAGGUGGUCGGAUUAAGAUGCUCGUACUUGACCUCAAUUGUCCUAUUGUCAACGAGGAUUGUAAAGCUGACCGUAAAAAGUUACUAGUUGAUUAUUUCGCAACCAACUUGCAUAUGCAAAAUUUUUACGCUUAUCGCUUCUUUAUAUGCGAAAUUCUUAAUUUUAUAAACGUGGUCGGACAAAUUUUCUUCAUGGACUUCUUCCUUGACGGUGAAUUCAGUACCUACGGAAGUGAUGUUAUACGUUUAACUGAACUGGAACCGGAGCAUCGAGACGAUCCCAUGGCACGUGUGUUCCCUAAAGUUACAAAGUGCACAUUCCACAAAUACGGUCCAUCGGGGUCCGUGCAGAAAUUCGACGGUUUGUGCGUGCUUCCGCUUAACAUCGUGAAUGAAAAAAUUUACGUGUUCUUAUGGUUUUGGUUUAUCGGUUUAAGUGUACUCUCCGGAAUUUCGCUUUUGUACAGGGCCGCCGUCGUCGCCGGCCCCCAACUAAGAUUGUAUUUGUUACGCGCUCGUUCUCGUCUCGCCUCGAACACAAACAUCGAGACCAUCUCGAACGAGUGCCUGAUCGGCGAUUGGUUUAUACUUUACCAGCUGGGCAAAAACAUCGAUCCACUCAUCUACAAGGAGGUAAUUUCGGAGCUGGCCAAGAAGCUCGAGGGCAAGGAGCAGGUUUAGACGUAACCGAUAGUAACGAAACAACCCUUCGUGCCUUUUAAGUAAAUUGAUUCCGAAGCGCACAAUGAGACGCCCCAAUUCCAAA